AAAUCAGAGUAGGCUUUUGCUUUCAUGCCAAUUCAGUUGUAAUUGUAAAAUCAAAUGGGCUUUAUUUUUAAAUUUUACUCACAAUUAUUGCAAAGAAAUUCAUAGCCAUGUCUCAUACGAUUUUGUUGGUGCACCCAAAGAAAAGUCCAAAGACGCGCACCUAUACCGAAUAUAAUAGCACUCAGAAAUGCUUGGAUGCGGUCUGCAAGAUUUAUGAGGAGCAUCUGAAGCGUAACAUGCCCGAAUUGCCGACGAUUACCUAUGAUAUCAUACAACUGUUUGAUUUCAUCGAUUCCUUUGUGGACAUAAGCUGCCUGGUGAAGGAGACGAGCACAGGAAACUAUGCGCCACACAGCAAGGAAUGGAUUAAGGAUAAGAUCUAUGAACAGUUUCGCCAAUCAGCUUUAAAUAUUAAGUAG